AUGCUCUACCGCGAAGCAAAAACGGCGCGAAAGGGCUCUUUGAUGGGGGCAAACAACGUUGCACGCACGCGCCUAGUCCAAAAAAGACUGAUUGCUGCAGUCACGAGGCAGCAACGUCUGGAACAACUGCUGCCGCUCGACGCACGCGGGCUGCGCACGCGGACUGCGGGCGGCGGCUUUCCGCGUCCAAUCAGGUA